UUGGCUGUCCAGGCAAGUCAUGCACGCAGCUAUGUUCAGUGCAAAGUGUAUUUCAAAAACAUCUGCUCACACGUUUUGGGAAGUAAACUUAAAAUCCUUUUUUUCCACACAUUUUACAGCUGUUCAGUGAGAGUACUGCUUCGGCCAUGGAGUUUUAUAGCGAGCAGGAAGACUGCAAGAAGCUCCAUGGGUCGGCUGCAACAUCGCAAUUCACAAGAACAUUGAACAAGCUGUUCGACUGCCUGAACUCUCGGAGGCCAGACCAUGUUCGAUUCAACGAAGCACAACACAUUGCUGUGUUGAAGGACAGCAUUGCAUGGCUGGACAACUGGGAGAAAUACAUCAAGACAUUACCGACCCAGAGGCAAGUCUGCUUUCUGAGUAAGCAGACAUGUGGAGCCCUCAGACUGACACUGCAUAGCUCAGUUGCACUCAUCGAGAGCUUGCUGUUGUCUGGGUUUCGUUACGUUCUCGUUGGGAACUUCGGACAAGAUCCUCUAGAGGUAAACAUGAUGACUUUUAUGUGUAUAAAUGUGCUAUGAAUUUCUCAUUGUUGCGAUAAAUUGAUUUUUUCUUUCUAGAGGUUUUUCGGCAUCGUCAGGCAUGUUGCUGGUGACGGAGGGCAGCCGACUGUGCAACAUUUUUUGUUCAUCUAUCGGAUGCU